AUGUGGAAAACUAUAAAUCAAUUAACAAAUACAAAAUCUAAGACGACAAAUAUUAAUGAAUUGAUAAUCAACCAAGAAAUCGUAACAGAACCAGAGAAAAUAGCCGAUUCCUUGAAUACCUAUUUUAAUGAGACUGGUACUGUUUUGGCUAAAGAUCUACCAAAAGGCAAUAAUUCAUUUGAAACGUAUGUCGUCCCUACCGAUAAAUCAUUUGAAAUUAAUAGAUUUUCAUCAAUUAAUGUCAAAAACGUAAUUUCGAAAAUUAAUACUUCUAAGGCAACUGGACAUGAUCGAAUAUCGCCGAAACUUUUAAAGGAUAGUGCCGAUAUUAUAGCUGAGUCGCUUACCGUUAUUUUUAAUAAGUCGAUAGAAACCUGCAUUUUUCCUGACGAUUUAAAGGUGGCGUGCAUAUCCCCCAUAUAUAAGGGAGAAAGUAAGACAGAAUGUAGCAACUACAGACCAAUAUCUGUCAUAUCUGUAGUUGCUAAAGUAUUUGAAAAACUAGUUUCAGGACAACUCAUGGAAUAUCUAGAAACCUAUCAGUUGCUGUCAGAGUGUCAAGCUGGUUUUAGGAAGAGAAGUUCGACUGUAACUUCUCUCCUUACUAAUACGAACCAGUGGUAUAUAAAUAUGGACAAAGGACUUUUAAAUGGCAUUAUAUUUCUUGACUUAAAAAAGGCCUUUGAUUGUGUGGACCAUGCUAUUUUGAUAGAAAAAUUAAAAAAGUUUGGCUGUGUUGGUAAUACUUUAAAUUGGUUCAAAUCAUAUUUUACGAAUAGAAAACAGAUGUGUAAAGUUAACCAAACGACAUCAAAAUGUCGAACAGUUUCUUGCGGAGUACCACAAGGCUAUAAGCUUGGGCCAAUAUUAUUUCUGCUAUACGUGAAUGAUUUGUCAAAUUGUUUAAAAUCAACAACAGCCAGCAUGUUUGCAGAUGACACUAGCACACCAACUGAGUUGUAUAAUAAAUUAAAUAAUGAUUUAGAAAAUAUACAUCAAUGGUUGUUGGCUAACAAAUUAACACUUAAUACGAGUAAAACUGAAUACAUGAUUGUUGGCUCCAGACAGAGACUAGGCAAAAUAGAUGAUGAAGCUGAAUUAUGGAAUUCACAUAUAAAUACGGUUGCCACCAAAGUAUCAAAAGGCAUAGGAAUGAUUCGACGAAUGAAAGCUUUU